AUGCAACUCAUGUCCCGGUUGGCAAUCCUCACAUUCAUGUACGCUGUCAGCAAAGUGAAUCGUGAAGCUGCCGAAGUUCAGAUCGACGGCGAACGAAUAUCAUUGCUAGACCUUAUCACGAGUAGUAACAGAAAUUGGUCGACUCUGUCGACAUCUAUUUCGGAGCUUCUUUCACCUCGAAGACCAACAAGCUUUCGGGAAGAAGAGGGGGCAACUGAACCCCAACAGCGGCAAGCAUAUGGCCGGUCAGAGUGCAGGGCUCCUCAGCGUGCAGCCACCACAAAUUUGGCUGUCCGUCCCACAAAGCUUGCCCGAUCAGUUUCAGGCUCUCUGACGAUCGAGAUGGUGUAA